AUCGCGUCCGCCAGGCUGGUGUCACGGCUAUAGCAUCAGACACGGUUACAUAGGCAGUCCCGCAAACGCAUCCUCUAUCACACAUCACAAUCACAUCUUACAGUCCGCAGCCAAAAGAAAAUAAACACUACAAAUGCCCAGAUCAACACAAAUUGUGCUCGACGGCUGCACCGGAGAAGGCGGCGGCCAGCUCGUCCGGCUGGGAAUCGCCCUGGCAGCGCUCACUUCACAGCCCGUCGAGAUCAACAAUGUGCGAGGCAACCGGCCGCGCGGUGGAGGCCUCAAGAACCAGCACGUGGCCGCCAUCGAAUGGCUCGCCCGAGUCACCGAUGCUGAUGUCCAGGGCCUCAGCGUCGGCUCCAAAUCAGUGACAUUCGUCCCCCGACGACCCCCGUCCGAGCUCUUCCAGCGAAACAUCUCCAUCAGGACCGAAUCAGGAGCCUCCAGCACGCUUCUCGUCCUCCAGGCCAUGCUGCCGUUCCUGCUCUUUGCGAGUACAGAAACAAGUGACGAGCCCGUGGUGGUGGAACUCUCGGGAGGCACAAACGUCUCCUUCUCGCCGAGUUACGAGUACUUUGACCAGGUGCUGGCGCCGACGCUGGAGGAGCGGUUCGGCGUGCGCAUUGAACGGGAGCUCAAGAGCCGGGGAUGGUCAUUGGGCCCGUUGUCAAGGGGCUCGAUUGUGCUGAAAGUGUGGCCGAUUGCCAGAGGCGAGAAGCUCAGGUUUAUGCCUCCGAAACGGCUCACUUUUCCAGACUCGCUCGCGGUCAAGGGCAUUGAUGUCAGCAUCAUCGCGCCGAUGCACUCACACGACAAGCUCCAAGAGACGAUUGUACAGGACAUUGGCGCUCUGUGGCCCGGUGCCGACAUCAACCUCAAACUCAUCGAAGACUCCUGCAGCGACGCCCGCUGGUCGGUUCUCCUCGUGGCUCACUCUGCAGGCGGCAUCCGCUGGGCCAGAGACGUGCUCACGUCGGCGCCCAAGAAGUCCAAGGGCUACGACCGCUUCAUUGCGCUCCUCAGCGAGAAGCUGUGCAAGGAGCUGUACGACGAGGUGUCGCUGGGCGGACACGUGGACGAGCAUCUGCAGGACCAGCUCAUCUGCUUCCAGGCGCUGUGCGAGGGCCACUCUUCGUUUCCUCGGGACGAGAAGGGUGUCGCUGAGGCUGUGGACGGCGGUAACCAUACGCUGGGCCCGCUGAUUGAUGCUAUGGGCGAGCUGCAUGUUGGAGAGGCCAGGAUGAGGAGGGAGAAGACGGGCGAGCCGUUUGGGCAUGGGUCGACGCAUGCGAAGACGGCGCGGUGGGUGGUGGGCGAGAUGGUGCCUGGGUGUGAGUUUUACAACAAGGGGGAUGUGGUCAAGGGAGUUGGGUUCUCGGUGGAGUGAGUCGUGGGCGUGUGUGCCUAUGUUACC